AUGGAGGAACAAAUCCCGUUUAAGAAUCUCCAUAGCCGAGAGUAUUCGGGUCACAAGAAGAAGGUGCACUCUGUGGCAUGGAAUUGCAUUGGCACAAAACUUGCUUCUGGCUCUGUGGACCAAACUGCGCGAAUAUGGCAUAUUGAGCCGCAUGGGCAUGGCAAAGUCAAAGACAUUGAAUUGAAAGGUCACACCGAUAGUGUGGAUCAGUUAUGCUGGGACCCCAAACAUGCUGAUUUGAUUGCAACUGCAUCGGGUGACAAGACUGUUCGCUUAUGGGAUGCUCGAAGUGGAAAAUGCUCACAACAGGCCGAACUUAGUGGGGAGAAUAUCAACAUCACUUACAAACCUGAUGGGACUCAUGUAGCUGUUGGUAACCGAGAUGACGAAUUAACAAUACUGGAUGUUCGGAAGUUCAAACCAAUUCAUAGGCGCAAGUUCAAUUAUGAGGUGAAUGAGAUUGCUUGGAACAUGACAGGCGAGAUGUUCUUUCUAACAACGGGAAAUGGGACCGUGGAAGUACUGUCUUACCCAUCCCUUCGACCUCUUGACACUCUCAUGGCUCAUACAGCCGGUUGUUAUUGCAUUGCAAUUGAUCCAGUAGGAAGAUAUUUUGCUGUUGGAAGUGCUGAUUCCCUUGUCAGCCUGUGGAAUAUCUCAGAGAUGCUCUGCGUGCGUACCUUCACAAAGCUGGAGUGGCCUGUCCGGACGAUUGGCUUCAACUAUACUGGGGAUUUAAUUGCUUCUGCAAGUGAAGACUUGUUCAUUGAUAUAUCAAAUGUUCAAACUGGAAGAACACUGCAUCAAAUUCCUUGUAGGGCUGCUAUGAACAGUGUGGAGUGGAAUCCUAAAUACAACUUACUUGCAUAUGCUGGUGAUGACAAAAACAAGUAUCAGGCUGAUGAAGGUGUUUUUCGCAUUUUUGGUUUUGAAAAUGCUUAG